CCGCAGACCACCACUUCCUACCAACUGCCAAGAUGAUCAAGAUCUGGAGCAUGAAGAAGAAUGAAGACCAGGCCGCGAAGAAGCGGCCAAAGACGAGUGCGGCGCAGAUUCGGGUACAGAAGGAUCUGACCGAACUCGACCUUCCCUCAACGAUGCAGACGAAGUUCGCCGAUGAAGCUGAUAUCCUAAACUUCGAGCUCAUCAUCACCCCAGAUGAGGGCAUGUACAAGGGGGGCUCUUUUGAGUUUUCCUUCAACAUCAACGCGAAUUACCCUCACGAGCCUCCAAAGGUGAAGUGCAAGCAGGUGAUCUACCACCCCAAUGUAGACCUCGAGGGCAACGUUUGCUUGAACAUCCUCCGAGAAGAUUGGAAGCCGGUUCUGAACCUGAAUUCCGUUAUGGUCGGACUUCAGUAUCUCUUCCUCGAACCGAAUGCAGAUGAUCCUUUGAACAAGGAAGCGGCAGAGGAGCUUAAGCGCAACCGUGAACAAUUCGUCUACAACGUAAAGGUCUCCAUGCGGGGAGGCAGCAUCAAGGGCGUGCAGUACAACAAGGUCAUACCGUAACGAAAUACAUGCUGUGUCAGGUAUCAUCAUUCCUCCUGAGCGCGGUUCUCGUUCACUCCGACCGCGUACGCGCUAUAUACAACUGGGGACGGUCACAAUAGACCUAGAAGUGUACUAUUUUGUUGUGUCUGUACUGGAAUUUUGCACAUCUGAUAUUGUACGUCUUGUCGUGUUGCUUUCCUCGCUUGUCGUCAUUUCCUUGUAGCCACAUCUCUACAUUCAUUGCACAGUUCCG